AUGCCAGAGACUCUCCCCAAAGCCUUUUCGGGGCCACUUGUUGCGUCUCCGAAUCCGAACCCCGCGGCGCCCGUACACGAGGGAUGGGUACUCAAGAAGCGGAGAAAGAAAAUGCAGGGCUUCGCUCGUCGCUAUUUCGUACUGUUCGAGUCCGGCAUACUUUCCUACGCAUUCGAACCUGGCAAGCCCGCUCGGGAUCAAAUCCAACUUCAGCAGGCCACGAUCUCCACCUCGCGCAACACUAAGGACAUCCAUGUUGAUUCUGGCAAGGCUACCUUCCACAUCAAGUGCCUCGACACUGCCGACUUCGACAAAUGGAAUCUUGCUUUCCGGCGAUUUGUGGCGUCUCCCACAGAUCCCCGCUCAUUAGGGCGCAAGUCCUCCGUCAGCAGGGCGCAAACGCGUAUCGGUCAGGUCACCAAGACCUCGGCUGUGAUAGAAGAGAUGGGCACGACCAUAGCCGAGUUGGAGCGCUCAAUCGAGGUUCUGAGCGACGGCGGGGCGCUUAAGCGCGUUCCAUCGCGAAAUCUGGACAAACCCAAAGAAGGCAAGGAGCACUCUUCCAAGUUCAGUCUGUUCGGGAAGAAAGGCAAUCACCACCUUGGCCUAUCACCUCGUCAUGCCAAUGGCGGACUUCCCGACGAACCAGAUCCUGCACGGGAGGAAGCACUCAAGCGGUUGCACACCGUCGUCGCAACUCUGAAGGAGGAGCAUGCGACGUUGGUCAAGCUCGUCACGUCCAUAUCCUCCGCGGACCUCACCAUGUCUCCCGCUCUGGGCGGCUCACCUAUGCCUGCAAUGAUGGAGGAGAUGGACCGCUCGGCAACGCCCAAGACAUGGCAACGACACUCUACGCGACACUCAGUAGCACCCUCUGUCGCCAGUACGGCGAGCGAAUGGUACGACGCCCCCGACGAUCUGCUCGGCGAGGCCAUCGAUAUGGAUAGCGAAGAGCCAACCUCGCAAUCGCAAGAAGAUCCGCACUCAUACAUGCAGCGGACCGAGAGCGAGCUUAGUUCGACUACGCCCAAUGACUCCGAAGUCGGAGAGGAUGACGGGUCAGAUACGGAGGACGAGUAUGAGGAGCCACCAGAACGGCCUUCUACGCACACCAUCAAGUCUGAGGAGCAACGCACGAUUGUACGCCGGCAGGCGCUUCCCAGCGGCCCGGUGGGUGAUGAGGGCAGUCUCUUCGCGGUCAUGAAGAAGAAUAUCGGCAAGGACUUGUCAUCCAUCGUAUUGCCAGUCAGCUUCAACGAGCCCUUGACCCUUCUUCAAAGGGCCGCCGAAGAAGUUGAAUAUUUCGAUCUUCUAACGCAGGCGGCCCAAUCACAAGAUCCCAUUGAGCGCCUUUGUUAUGUUGCCGCCUUUGCUGUGUCCGGAUACGCCCAUACAAGGCAUCGAUCAAGCCGCAAAGGAUUCAAUCCUCUGCUCACCGAGACCUUUGAAGAUCCUCGAAUGAAGUUCAUCUCAGAGAAGGUAUCGCAUCGGCCUGUUAUCAUGGCAUAUCACGCCGAGGGUCCAGGUUGGGAACAGUAUUCAACCGUGUCCGGCAAGACGAAGUUCUGGGGCAAGAGUCUAGAGAUUAUACCCACCGGAGUCAACCAUGCGCGAUUCGGCGACGAACUCUAUGAAUGGAGACGACCGUCGUCAUUCAUGCGCAACAUCAUGAUGGGUACCAAAUAUCUCGAACACACUGGCAAGAUGACCAUUGAGUGCACGACCACCGGGGCUCGUUGUGUCAUCGAGUUCAAGGAGAACGGCUACUGGAAUCAAUCCAACGAGGUCGUGGGCACGGUCUACUCGUCGGCUGGUAAAGCCGUCAGCUGGCUCGAGGGAAAUUGGGACCAAUCUCUGCAGCGCAAGAUCGACUCCUCACACUUGCACGUGUUGUGGCGUAUAACACCCUUCCCGAAGCACUCGCAGGAGCAGUACGGCUUGACGAGUUUUGCCAUGACGCUCAACGAGAUCACUCCUGAUCUCGAGGGACGUUUACCGCCUACAGACUCGCGUAUGCGUCCGGAUGUACGCGCACUCGAGGAGGGCCGCAUCGAUGAUGCCGAGCGUGGCAAGGAGCAGCUUGAAGGUGCGCAGCGCCAGCGACGCCAAGAGGGUAAAGAACGGGCGCCACGAUGGUUCAAGCAGGAGGGUGAAGAGUGGAUCUAUACGGGAGGUUACUGGGAGACGCGGGAGAAGGGCUGGAAGGAUGUCGCGCCACUGUGGUAA